GGCCAUCACUCCCAAGCGGGGUAGGAAGGGAGGAAUUGGGGAUAAGGCAGGCAUGCCCAUAUAGUGUAUCCUUACCGUCAGGGGCUGACUACCCUUCCCGUCCAAUGUACCUGUUCCCCCAACCUGCUUGAAAUCCUCUGACAUAACGCUGCCACGCUUUUCAUCAUCCCAGCAACAUCCACAAGACAUCUCGGACUCGCUUAGCGCGACAUCUUUUCCCGAUGACGAAUUGAUCCUUACCUACAGGAUUCGCUUGCUAUGCGUGCUCCGUGCCGAGGCAUUCUUCCUCGCAGAAACAUGGUUAACGAUAUGAUAGUCGCGAGCAAGUCAAAAAGCGACAACGCGAAGACGUCGCGAUUAACGCUGAACAAGCGCCGUUACCGGGCCCGGCAGAAAGAAUACGUCUCCGAUCUCGAGCGCAAGAUCACAGAGGCCCGCGAGCAGGGAAUAUCUGCGACUAUAGAAGUGCAGUUGGCAGCACGCAAGGUCAUCGCGGAGAACGAACGCUUGAGGGAGCUUCUCCUCCUUACCGGCUUCGACAGCUCCGAGGUUGAGCUAUGGGCUAAAGAGGAGAAGCCCGGAUAUGAUCCUCAUGGCUCAAGCAGCGAGCCCUGCCUGCGGGUUAUGCGGAAAGCCCAGAUGUUUGCAGCUUCAAUGUCAGUAUCGCAUUCCAGAGAAGAUCCAGACACCGCGAACAGGACAGCACUCCCUUGUCCCAAUCAUGGUGAACCCCUAAACGACCAUGGAGAACAAUCGAGUGAUCUGGCCGACGUUGCGCCAAAAACAACGACCACUUUACCGCCUGUCAAUGCCAUGGGCUCUUCUUCCCACUCCAGCUCUUCAGCAUGCUCGCAUUCUGAAUCACGUGGAGGAGGUCCACCAACUUGCACGUCAGCACCCACGGCGUAUGCUUCCUGCAAAGCGAAACAACUUGGUCCCUGUAAACUUGUAUCGCGCCUGGCUGAGAAUCCAAUGGCAGAUCUCACCCAGAUCGCUGUCGCCCCAACGUCUGGCGGUACAGCUCCGAGAGAGACAGAGGAUGACGGUGGUGGCGUCGAAUGUGGCAAGGCCUACACGCUGCUCAUGCGUUAUGCAACGUCGGAAGAGAAAAUAGAGAGUGUAGCUCGAGCCCUGGAAGGCGGUUGCACCUCAACUGAGGGCGGCGGAUGUGCGGUCAAGAAGGACACUAUCUGGAAGGCCUUGGAUGAACUUUGCGGCUGAUUGGUUUAAGGCGGAUGGUGCCGUCCUUCCCACAGUUAACGAUCUCGCGGGUUCUGGUUUCCAAGGUGCACUAAAAGUGCGCUUGGAGGGCAAAGUAAGGUGUCAUCUAUGUACCAUAUUCGAGAUGGCAAUUGAUAGGGGGGCAUGACGAAUUGAUACGCGGGCAUGACCCUUAGGGGGGCAUGACUUUUCGGGCCUCUGA